AUGGAUAAAAGCACAUUAAGAAGAAUCGAUAAUACCUUAAAACAUUUAACCAAAGUUACAAGUGAUAUUGAAAAUAUUCAUCCACAUUUAAAUGAAACACCAAAUUUAAAAACAUUAAAAUCAAUUUUAGAUGGGGAAUAUCAUUUUGAUCGUGAUAGAUUAAAAGAACUAUUUGAAGAAAGUUCAACAUUCGAUGAAAUUUUUUUAAACAAGUCAAUCCAUACAGAUGAACAUCGUGAACAAACACUCAAAGCAUGUAAGGAAAUCAUUCAAUUACAAAUCGUAAAGCUUAGUGACAUGGAAAAGAACCCAAAGAAAUUUUUAAAUUGGUUUGAAACUAUUUCAUUAUGUGAUCCAUCUGUAUCAUUAAAAUUCGCAGUUCAAUAUAACUUAUGGGGUGGUACAAUAUUAUUUUUAGGAACUAAAAAACAUCACGAACGUUAUUUAGAUGGAAUUGAAAAUGGAAGUAUUUUAGGUGUAUUUGGUUUAACAGAGUUGGGCCAUGGUUCAAAUGUUAAUGGUUUAGAGACAACUGCCACUUAUGAUGAAGCUAAUCAAGAGUUUAUUAUCAAUUCACCAACAUGGAAUUCUCAAAAAUACUGGCCAGGUAAUAUUAGUAGACACGGACAAAUGGCUACAGUUUUUGCUCGUCUCAUACUAAGAGGUGUAGAUAAAGGUAUUCAUGCAUUUGUUGUUCCAAUUAGAGGUGAAAAAUCAAACCAAUACCCAUAUGGUAAACUUUGUGAUGGUGUAGAAGUUAGAGAUAUUAGUUUAAAGGAUGCUUACAAUGGUAUAGAUAAUGGUGGUCUUUUACUUAAGAACGUUAGAAUCCCAAGAGAGAAUAUGUUGGAUCGUUUCAGUCAAGUUGAUGCUCAAGGUCAAUAUCACAGCAACAUCCCACCAAAUCGUCAUUUUGCCAUGACUAUGAGUGUCUUCUUUAUUGGUCGUGCUUGCUUAUCUUUAAAUUCUUUAGCUUUUACCAAGGCAGGUUUAUCCAUUGCUGUUAAUUAUGCCAAGAAUCGUCAUCAAUUUGGUGCAACUACUAAAUCAAAACAAGAGUUACCCAUUAUAGCAUAUAGUACAACCCAUCGUCGUUUAAUACCAUAUAUCGCCCGUACCUAUGCUCUUGAUAUGGCCCAUAAGACCAUUGCUGAUCUAAUUCCAACAUAUCCAAAAGAAACUAUUCAUAGCUAUACCUCAGGUUUUAAGGCAAUUACUAGUUGGGCUGCAGUAGAAGCUUUACAAAGCUGCAGAGAAGUAAUGGGUGGUCAAGGUUUCCGUUUAUGUAAUAGAGUUUCAAUGUUACGUAAUCAUGCUGAUCUAGUUACUACUGGUGAAGGCGAUAAUACUGUUUUAACCCAACAAGUUGCAAAAUAUCUACUAGGUCUUUAUCACCAAGUGGUAAAAGGAUCAAAGAAAUCAGUAGAACAUCUUUCAUUCAAGGGUGAAUUAGCUUAUAUUAAUAAUCUUACAGCUCAGCCACCAACACCAAAUACAAAUGCUAAUCAACUUUCAAAUAUCAGCUACCAUCAAUGGCUUUUAGAAAAGAGAGAGUUCCUUUUAAUUAAAGAACUUCAUUCCCGUCUCUAUGGUCGUCAUGAUGAUGAACUUAUUGAACCAAAUACAGAACGUUGGUUUACAGUAUGGAAUCAAUCUCUUCCACUUUGUAUAAGAAUCACAAAAGCCAAUGUAGAUCGUUUAACCCAAUCAUUCUUUUUAAAGAAAAUUGUAGAACAAAGUGGUAGCAAUUUAGUAGAUACUGCAACUUUAACAAUGCUAAAAAAUCUUUGCCGUUUAGAUUCGUUAGUACAAAUUCAAAAAGACUUUGGCUUCUUUGUAAACACUGGUUUAAUGUCAGGUGAAAGUAAAUGGAUUCAAUUAGAGGAUGAAAUUACUCAUUUAUCAAGAGAUAUAUCCCAACAUGCUUCAGUUUUAACUCAAGCUUUUUCAAUCCCAAAUAAAUUUAACCCAUUACAAAAUUCGAUUGAAUAA